AUGGAUCCGCCACGCGCAUCCCGGUUUCUGGACCCUACGUCGGCCGUGGCCGCUAUCACCAAGCACAAAGCGGAGGCCAUGAAGCUUGCGCGAGAACAAGCUGCAGCAGUCCAGGAAAUGUGUCGGAGAGCAAAAACUGAUGCGCCGUCUUACGAAUUCGAGGAACUGAUUGGAAAGGGUGCCUAUGGACGUGUGUACAAAGGCCAUCAACUCCCUUCCAACAAGCUUGUUGCCAUUAAGGUUCUGGAUAUCGACUCGUUAGACUACAAUUCGCCAAGGGACUUCAAGGAUGAAUCCAUCAAAGAUUUUAUCCAUGAGACCAAGGUUAUGAUGCAGGUUAAAGACUCCGGUGCAAAGAAUAUCAACGAAUUAAUUGAAGCGGUUUCAAUCCAUUCGCAAUUGUGGCUAGUUUGUGAAUAUUGCCCUGGUGGAAGCGUCAGGACUCUGAUGAGAGCUACGGGAGAUAGACUCGAUGAAAAGUUCAUAAUCCCUGUAGCGCGUGAGCUCGCGGUCGGAUUGCAGGCUAUCCACGAUGCUGGAAUUAUCCAUCGAGAUAUUAAAGCUGCCAAUAUUCUUAUACAUGAAGAAGGUCGGUUGCAAAUCUGCGACUUUGGAGUUGCGGGAGUUCUUCAAUCUCAGACGGACAAACGAUCGACCUGGAUCGGUACACCUCACUGGAUGCCCCCAGAAAUGUUCUUGACUCGUGGCGAGGCCCAUCAUUACGGAAGCGAGAUCGAUGUGUGGGCUUAUGGUUGCACGCUGUUCGAGUUUGCUACAGGGAACCCUCCGAAUGCCAACCUUCGAGAGCGAAUACAAAUAGGAAGACAACUAAGUCGCAAGACACCCAAGCUGGAAAAUGACAAGUACAGUGAAGGCCUCAGGGAUCUCGUCUCAUUCUCGUUGGAAUCUGACCCCAGAACACGACCCACCAUGUCUGACGUUUUGUCUCACGACUUUAUCGCUGGCUCAGAAGAGGAGUAUCCCAUCUCCUCUCUGAGUGAACUAGUGCGGAUUUACUAUCAGUGGUCGCAGCGUGGUGGGCAACGAAUCUCACUGUUUCACCCUGGAGGUGCAGCAGCGGCGGAAUUUCCAGAUGCAGAAGACACAGCUGCAGAGGACUGGAAUUUCAGUACCACCGAUGGAUUUGAGCGGAGAUUCUCUGUUAUUGAUCUGGAUCAGUUGGCCGCUUCGCUGGCUGAAAUGGAGGAGGAAAUCAGCCCAACGACAACUCAGCCCGAACAAGACUCAACUGAUGAGCCGGGUGAUACGGAGAUGAAUGCCGAAGAGAAGGCUAACUUUGAUGAGCGCGUGCGGCGGGGUGCAGCUGCCAUGGAGGGUCUUUUUGAUGAAGAAAAGCCAAGCUACAAAUACGUGACGAAGAAUGAUUUCGUGCCAAUCGAACUGAAGCAACCAACGUCUGAUCUUCCUCUCCGAACAGAUACAGAUCGCUCUUCGGUCACUUCGACUUUCAUUGACAUUGACAUCGGAUCAUUCGAUUCGUCUCACUAUGCAGCUGGAGCGGCGACAACACAGCCAUUCCAGCUUGCGGACGCAGAUACUAUCAAGGCCAACAGGUCUAGCGGUCGUCAGCACCGCAACUCAAAUGAGGGACAUUCUAAUUUGGAUAGUGAUGUAGGUGAUAAUGACAGUCAAGAGGAGGACUUUCAACCGCCGACUGGGCCACGUCCUCCCACCAUGGACUGGAAAUUUCCAGUCUUCAUGCAAUCACAAGAGGAAGAACCAGAAGCGCCAAAGGAACAGGAGGAAGAAAAAAAUGUGACUGAGCCUGAGCCCGGGCCCGGGCCUGAUCCUAGUGACAAGCGAGCUACGAUGGAAUGGACAUUUCCGGUCAUGGGCGCACCACCGGAGGGAAGCGCAGCAAGCACAGAUAAUAGCCGCCGCAGUACUCUGAAGGCUCCUCUGACUCUGAUCCCACCUUCGGAGACCAUUCGGCCAGCUAGUAUUGGCGAGCCCGGUGAUUCGCAACCUUCGACUUCUACCUCUCCCGAGUCCAGUCUUUCUGCGACCUCUGAAACAGAUUAUGAUCCAUUCCGUUUCGAUCGCCCUUCGACCCCUCCUGGUGUUACGUCUGAGCAACAUCAGCACUUUUUCCAUAACGACUUCCCAGAAAUGAUUGACUCUGCCGGAUAUGGCGAUUAUGAACAAACGUCGGUUCUGGACGGACCUGGACCAGACGAAGAGGAUCAAAAUCCUGUCUGGGAGGAUAAUACGACUAUCAUAGGACGCCACUCUGAGCCGUUCCCCGAUGCCAGUUCAUCACAUGAUAUGGACAUGAACUCAUCUGUUUCUUCAGAUACGCCAGAUUCGCCCAUACCAGAACCACUGCCUACGGCCAGACGCGCUCCCCGUCCAGCCCCCACAGAAGCCAUGGAGCCUAUUGAGUUUCCAGAACUGGUGCCACCGUGUCUUGAAAGUCUGUCACAAGGAGCAGAAGAUCGGAUUGUGAUGGGCGAAAUGGAUAGACUCCUCGAGGACUUUUUGGAUGCUCUCUCUGCCACAGGAGAGGCGCUAUCCAAAGUCACGCCAGGUCCCCAGAAGAAGGAUGUCAAGCCUACUCCUGAGCAGACUGAGUGA